AUGCCCGCUACAUCCUCCAAGAGAGCAACACCGGCGCGGAAGAAGGCAAAGCUUGCCCACGACUCGACGAGUGCUGACAAAGAGGCAAGCAAUGGACCCGUAUCAGAGGCUCAGACUCAAGUGCAAUACGUCGAAGCGUCCGCAUCCGCUUCAUCACCGUCGCGAAACAGACCAAGACGAUCAACGCAAAAAGUGACCGUCGACUAUGCGAUCGAGCCAUCUCCAGAAGAGUCUCCUGAGCCAAGCACUUCAACUCCAACCUCGCCACGAUCCGCUGCCACCGCUCUCGCAACACCGACUGCCAGCACUCCGCAAGUGAUAUUUGCAACACCACCUCCAAAAAACAGUGCAAAAGGCAAAGGCAAAGCAAGAGCCAAGUCAGAAGACGAAGACUACAACGAUGAUGCGGCCGAUGAAACAUCCUCUCGCAGAGAUCCCGACCUGGAGAUAUUCACCCUGGAAGGUCCGAUACAUGAUGUUAAUAGGGUGCAGCUCAAGACUAGCAAAGCGAAGGCGAUGCGCCCGUUUUGGUUACAGGGUGCUGUUCAGCCAACUUUCUUUGGUGUGCCCACUUCGGACGUGUUGCAAAAUGUAGCUGACCAAGAAAGGGACGCGAAAUCAGAAGCGGCUCGAGGAAAGCACUCACUUGAAGAGGCACUUCCUUGGCCGCAAGACGGACUCGCGGAGACUUGCUUGGAUUCCAAGGCGUAUCCUUUGAUCAAGAAGAGCUUGCAAAAGUUCUGGCUCGGGUAUGUUGGGUGGAUUCCAAAUGAAGGUGUGUACGAUAUGGCUUGGUAUCCGGGCAAAGCAACGGGGUACAGAGAGAGUCAAGAAAGAUCAGCUUGGGUGAAGACUGCAAGGCAGCAACUGAUGUCGGGCGAGAACCACUCAAGUCUCACAGAGAGGGCUGAUCGAGUAGGAUCGCCCUUCGUUCAGCGCUGGCUGGACACCCAUCGUCACACUCUUAAGCUUCUCACCACCAAAACAGCACAGCCAUUUCUUCAAGACACAACAACCCCGCAACAAAGCGCAGUACGCCACCCGACCACUGUCAUGAAGCUAACCGUCCCGGAGAUCUCCAUGCGCAGUCGACUCAAGAGGCACACUCUUACCGACACGCCCAAAACACCUAAGAAACCAUCUCGUUCCAAGACUGAUGGGGGAAACGGAGAAGCUGACGAUGCAGGCGAAGGGUCCGACGAAGAAUUCGCCAACGAAGACGAAAAUGCCAUUGCUGCGUUCGAUGCGAACCAAGAGCCUAUCAACCUCGACGAUCCCAAGUUUGCCAAUAUCCCCAACCUUGGCAUCGAAGAGAAAGGUCCACAGACUGGUGACGUGCUGCACAUUUCAGUCGGGCCAUCGGGACAAGAGAGACCAGUGCAAAUCCCACGGGGCAUGUCAGAACGGCUUGACAGAAUGGGCGUAGUGCCGGAUGAAGGUCAUAUAAUGAAUGCCGGAGGCCAUGUCUACGAUCUAGGUUGGGUUCCUGUGCCAGUGCAUUUGAAUACGGGCAAAGAGUACUUUGUGGUGUCUGCAGCCGGGUCGAAGGCGCCAAUGACGCUUGUUGGGCAGAAGCAACAACGUCCUGCGCCUGCAAGCUUGCAGGUUUGGAGCGUCUCUCCAGACUCGCCUGCAGCUUCUGACGGUGGGAAAGGGAGCAAAGGAGAAGCCAAACUGGAGAUGGUAGUGUGUCAUGAAAUGGGAGCGGCGUACAAAGUUGCAUUCUGUCCGAUCGGCCAUGACUAUUCUGCUCAUGGAGUAGAAGAGCAAGGGAUGCAAGGCAGGCUGCGUCGAUUAGGCCUUCUAGCAGGAUGCUUUGCAGAUGGCAGCCUAUCCAUUUUUUCCAUCCCCAAUCCUGACUCCAUACGCGCUGCUCAAACCAAGUCAAAAGCCAAGGCCUCCGCAGAUACACCUCUCUACAUCCGCCUCGACCCCAUCCUCACACUCGAACACCUGCACCAAUCAGCCACCUCUCUCUCCUGGGCUGGAGGAGAACUCCUCGCCUUCGGUGGAUCCCAAGGUUGGAUUGGAGUUUGGAACAUUGGUCGUAUACUACGUAAUCCCUCCCGCUCCAUCCCUCCACCGCCACCAGACUACGUCAUCCGAGCCCACCGCUCCGCUAUCACCGACUUGACUUUCAUCCUCGCCCCACCCAUCUCCUCCUCCGGCCACAUCCUCCACACUUGCCUCCCCCAAACUCUCUUCUCCGUAUCCCUCGAUGGCUGGACAGCAUACAUCUCCCUCCCCCGCUGCAGCGCUACCUCGAUCGAACGGUCUCGUGCAGUCCACUAUGCAUGCACUUUCUCACCUUUCACCGGUGGCAGCCUCGUUCACGAAAUGGCAGACGGCUCCAUCGCUCACUACUCCCUUCGCCCGGAGGAGAUGCUUCGUUCGCGUUCGAUCUCCCACACACCCUCCCGAGUCCUCUCGCUGUCCUGCUCUGCUUUCCACCCGAUCGUAGCAGCAGGCACAGCUCAUGGUGAGGUGAAACUCGCCAACAUCUUCCGUACUCUGCGAAGGAGUCAGCGUAACCAUGUACCCAUCUACCAACAGGUACUGGACAGGACAACGGGGGAAUUGACGGUGAAGCAUCACUUGUUGGCGGAAGUGGCGAACAACGCCGAACCGAAAAAGUGGGCUAUUGCACAAUGGCACCCCUCCCUAGCAGUGACUGGGGUAGAGUGGAAUCCAAAUCUAGGCCGAUGUAGGUUGCUAUUGAGUGGCACUGCUGGGGGGAUGCUAAAGGUUGACUUUGUUAAACCUCCUUACGAAAGCUAA